AUCUCUGCCAGAUGCGUCAAGGUUUUUCACACACACACACACACACACACACACACACACACACACACACAGAGAGAGAGAGAGACACACACGGCCGGGAUCUGAUCCACCGGGGGAAACGCCUUCUCGCUUCGGACCCGUUCUGUGUUAAUUAGCCUCCCGGUGCCGCGGGUAAUUACGGUAACGAGCCGCAAAUGAACCGUAAUGAACCGCAAAAUUCCUAAAAAAAAGAAAAAGAAGCCCCUCACAAGACGCGGCGCGCGUGAUUAAUCGGCGGGGAAAGAAAGGGCGCGCGAGGAGUUGACACGCAUUACCCUCAGCGCUGCGCGGCGAGACCCGUAUGUCAGCCCCCUCGCGCCUCCCGCGCUUCCACAAUCAUUUCCCGCCAAUGAUCAGGAGGUGUCCGCAACGGCGCUUCCUCACCUCACACCCCCGUCAGCCACACGCAGCGCGACACACACACACACACACACACACACACACACACACACACCGGGAGGAGCCGUCUACCCUCCGUCACCCAUACCCGCCCCUGAGGACGGUGCGUCGUUGGCGGCGUCAAUAUUAUUUAUUAUUCCCGUUAGUCUCGGUAUUUAGCGCCGCAGCUGCUCACGGUGAUCGUUAAAACGGACGCGUCUCGUUGUUUUGAGGCGCGUGUUUUUGUCUUGUAACGGGGAUUAUUGACGCGGCAUCAGCGCGCGGUGAUGCUCUCCGUUAAAGGAUCGUGAAGCGUCGCGAGUCUAAAGGACCAGUGCCGUGGAUGGUUGGGUGUUAGUGUGUGUUUGUUUUGCUCUGAUGGCGAACAUGAGCAGUAGUGUGUGCAUGGAAACCCCACACGCUCAUGGCCACGCCCACGGCCACACCCACAACUACAACCCCACCCCCGGGCGGGACUUUCCUCUACAGAUCGACUCGUGCGUGAACCCCGUGUUGGACUACAGCACACAGAUGGAGCGCUACCGCUCUUUUGCCACCUUCUAUAAGAACAGCACGGCCACCGCGGCCCCAUUUCCCCAGACCGCCAAAAUCACGCGAAUUGCCACGCCCCUUUUCCCCUCGGCACGCCUAUCAGCGAUGCCGCCCUGGCCCUGCGACAACGCCAUGCUAUGGGGACGAAAGCCUUCUGCGGUUAACGUUAACGGACCUCACACACAUCGGACUGGCAUGUCGAGGGCGGAGCCUGUGAACAUGCAUAUGUCUGGCAAACACAUUCCACAAGACUCCGCCCUCUCGAUGGGCGCUGACAACUUCCUGUCACCACUAGCGGCGGAGCAAUGCCGCGGUCUUCCCGUAACGGGGGCCGAUUGCAUGAACCGACUGAAGUGUUCGCCGUCUGUGCCGCCCGGAGAGGCGGACCGAGGCGGGACGUUCGGAGGGAUGCCCCCAUUAGGGGGUCUGUCGCUGCCACCAGGGGUCAUUGUCAUGACAACGCUUCACUCUGGUGCAGGGUCGUCAGGGGUCACGAUGUCAGACAGCGCAUUUCAGAUCGCCAACGUGGCGGCGGACUGCCAGCACAGCGGCUCAUCCUGCUCUGGUUCGCCCGCCGGCCUUAACGGAAACACCAACGGCAGCUGCAGCAGCGCUAGCAGCAACGGUAGCGGAGCGGCUAAGCGCAAGCGUAAGCGAUGCGGCGUGUGCGCCCCCUGCAGGAGGCUCAUUAACUGCGGCGUGUGCAGCUCCUGUCGAAACAGAAAGACGGGUCAUCAGAUCUGCAAGUUCAGAAAGUGCGAAGAACUCAAGAAGAAACCUGGCAGCACGAUGGAGGUGGGAUUCUCGCACACACUCACACAUAUGCCGGGAGGUCUACUGAAGUGGGCUGUUUAAUUGGGAAUGAUGUGGCUGGGGGUUUGGAGUAGAGCCCAGUCUUGGCACAGGCAGCCAUAAUUAACCAUCAUGCAUCAAUGUCUGUGUGUGUGUGUGUUAGCUGAUGGUUUGAGCCCUCUUAGGCUGGAAAAAUGCCCUUAGACUCAAGCACACACUUUAUCGCUCUCUCUCUCUCUCACACACACACACACACACACGUACACACAGCCGGUAUUGAAGGCUGAGAGAUGAGGCAACAUGUUGUAAGUUCUCUGUAAUAAUACAAAGACAUCACAAAGCAGAUCUAGUUGAGGAGAGCUUAAUCUGGCCAAGAACCGCCAAUCUAAAAAGUGAUCACAUUAGCUCUGUUACAAAAAGUGUAGAGAGGGGUCAAGGUGACUUUGAAAUCAAUUAUGUUUCCCAUUGAAGUUACUGGAUUCCACCUGAAUUUUCUGGUAAAUAUGAAGAUUUUAAAGGCUUUUCAUACCAACAACAAAGAUGUACAGUUUAUUCUAAGCGUGCAUCGCAGUUUUGUGUUCUGCCUCUUUUAAAGUCUAAUGGAUUUCAUGUGGCUGUUUUUAUCAUUCACCACCUAAAAAAGAAAUUACAUAUAUUCUGAAAGUAAUUCCUCCAAUACUGUCGAAAUAGUUGUGCCACAGACUUCACUAUUCUCAAAGAAUUAAAACUUACCAUUAUAGUUUCCCUUCUUGGUGUGGACGAGCUUUAAGAGAUUAUUUGGAGCCUCCUUCUAUUUGGGAUGUCUCCAUAUAAUAUAAUAUAAGCAACUUAAACUAAAUUCCUGAUGUAUAUUUUCAUCAGUUCAGGCGUUCCCUUGGAACUGAACCCAAAAACCCUUUGUCGCCAAUGGCGUCCUCUACAUUUUGAGCUACAGAAAUGCCUCAAUAGCAAGUGUACUAGAUAUCCAAGACACCUACCCAUGGUUCAGAGUAAUAUGCGAUCAAUGAACCCACAGUAAACCAGCAUUUCAGAGAAAAUAGUGAUGACAUUAGUACAAGAUGUGUACCCCUGGACAACUGGCUUACAUGCUACUAAGUGUCUCCAACAACUCUUGUUGUUCAAACGUUUAUCAAAUUCAGGCAGUGACUAAAUGUAUUUGUAAAUGCAUUUAACAGAUGCUUUUAUCCAAAGAGAAACAAAAGCAUUUGGUCAAAGAGUCGACGAUAAUCAUUACAUAAACAGUCGUCUCAGUUAACGGAAGCGUGGUUGUGAGGGCCUUUGCAUACAGAUGGUCGGCUUGGUCUGUUGUUUUGGUUUUCCCAAUUUAAUUCUCAUUUUCAGUGAAUCAAUAUUUUGAAUCAUUGCAUAUCAUUGUUAAGAUGAUUCACACCAUUCUACAAACAUCUAACACAUCAUUUCAGUGAUUAACUGGGUCAUCAUGGGUCAGCUUAUAUAGACUCUCUCCAGAAUUCCCACGGUCUCUUGUGUCUUUCCUCAGAGAGCGCCGUCAGUAGGAGCCGCUGACACCUUCCGCUGGUUCUUCUGAAGAACCCGCCACGAUCCACAUCAUACAACCAAACUCAAACACUAGAAGAACUGCAGGUCAUACCCAAGAUCUUCCCUUCCCCUCAGGACUCACUGUGGCCCGUUUAGCACUGGGGGGUCAGGUGCACAUGCCCCGUCGGAGAGACAUCGAGGGCAAGUCUCUGGGUCUCAGACUGACCUCACCUCAACCAAACACCAACACACGUAGAGAACCAGGGACUUGAGUUCAGUCAUAUCAGGACCCCAUCCGAGCCUAAAGGAACUGUUCGAAUAUAUGGUCGUCAUUUACUCACCCUCAUGCCGUUCCAAUCACUUGCUUGCUUCUACAGAAGACAAAAGAAGGUUAUUUGAAGAGCGUGCAUUGAAGCGAACUCUAAAAUGACAAAACAAACAGCAUAAAUGCAUCGUAAAAGGAGUCCAUGAGAAUAAUGCAAUACAUUACAGAUUCUCUGAAGUCCGUUUUGUGUUGAGAAAAGACAUGUUUAGUCAUAAACAUCCAUUUGACUUGAAAGGGACAACCAGGAUAUUCUUUCACAUUGUUCCACAGAAGAAAGGAAGUCCAUACGAUUAAUGCACUAUAUUAUAAGUUCUCUGAAGUCAGUUUUGUGUUGGGAAAAGUCACAAAAACCAUCAGGCUUCCCAGUUUAUCCGAUCAACCAGGAUAUUCUUUUAAAAAUCCACCUUGUUCCACAAAAGUAAGUCAUAGGUUUAGGUUUAUAAAAGCAGUUCAUACGACUAAUGCACUAUAUUAUGGGUUCUCUGAAUUAGGGUUUGUGAAAAGACCGACACAUUGUCACUUUCAAAAUAUUUAGUCACAUUUGACCUCUUUUAUUAGAUUUGGAAGGAACAACCAGGAUAUUCGGUCGUUCCACCGAAGAAAGCAAGUCAUACUGGUGUGAGGCGAGUAAAUGGCGACAGAAGGUUCGUCUCCGAGCGAACAGUUCCUUAAAGCCACCUUUCUGUUGCAUGGGUAGAAAAGUGUUUUGUUUCUAACUGAAGACUUUAAGAAGAUCUCUUUGUUUAUUGCUGUUGUGACGCCUCACUGUCUUGAUGAGUAAGAGACUCUUAGGAUGGCUUGUUGAAUAAAUGUGAUCCUUUUGAACUGUGA